AGCCAAGCGGCCAGUGCGGCGAAGUCUGUCGUAUGAAACGCCGUUUGCUACGACUUGCGAGGUUACCGGAAAGUUUGUGAUUGAGUGAAAUUGUUACGCUUUUCCUCGUACUACAAGAGUUCGUGUUAAUCUAUUAAUAACGCUAUAUACGUCACAGAAUCGAUGGAUUAUACUAAAAUACGGACAGCAAUCCCUACACAACGAAAACUAUGGACAUGGAAAUAAUCAUUAAUAAAAAUUUAUGAAAUUUGUGCCAACGUCAACAUGCUGGCUGAUGAUGAUUCCCGUCACAGAUACGACAGUGGCGCUCUCGACGAUACAUUCAGUCUGUUCGAUGAUAACCGAUUGAUGUCUAUAUUGAAACACGGUAACAACCAGAGUUUAAAGAUCAGCGAGCUACUAAGGACUUUAGAAGAUUGGAGGAACAGAUAUAAUAUAACUGUUAUCAAAGAAUGCGAUCGAUCGGACUAUUGUUCUGGUGAAUUCCGUAACAUCGUCCUCGGGUACAACGCUAUUCAUGGUUACGUCAGUUUACUGAUUUGUUUAUUCGGUAGUUUAGCCAACGUUUUCAAUGUAGCCGUGCUGACGCGGCGGGACCUCGCCGCCGCCCCUAUAAAUCGACUGCUAAAGUGGCUUGCUGUCGCUGAUGUCUUUGUCAUGAUAGAAUAUGUGCCCUUCUCCAUUUAUAGAUAUAUGUUGUUGCCACAACAAGAGGAGCGACCGUACGCAUGGGCGGUGUACAUGCUCUUCCAUAUGCACUUCACUCAGCUGCUCCACACUGCCUCAAUCCUACUCACAUUGUCUCUAGCUAUUUGGCGGUAUAUAGCUAUCAAGUACCCAUCGUACGGGCCAUCGCUGUGCACCGACAGACGCUGCUCGCUGGCCAUCUUCUUGAGCUUUCUACUUCCGCCUGUUUUAUGUAUACCUUCAUAUUUUGUAAGUUACAAUGCUUGUCCCGCAAGCAGUGUGGUAGUUACGAACGGUAAUGUUUUCACGAGGAAACUGACGAAGAGAUCCAAAGCUGAGAAGAGAACGGAUCGUACGACCAAAAUGUUAGUAGCCGUGCUGUUGUUGUUUCUACUGACUGAAUUCCCUCAAGGCAUCCUUGGUUUAAUGAGCGGUGCGCUGGGCCGUUGCUUCUUCAAGCGAUGCUAUGAUCUUUUCGGAGAACUGAUGGAUGCUCUGGCACUGCUGAAUGGAGCCAUCAACUUCAUAUUGUACUGCUCUAUGUCACGCCAGUUCCGGACAACUUUCGGUCAACUUAUAAGGAACCGUUGUACGACAACACCUCGGGCUAGCUCGAAUACUGAACUUCAAACUACAUACGUCUGAACUCAUACUGAAGGACAGUUUGGACCAGAUCUAAAACAAGCAACUGAACCCUUAUGCCGAACACUGAGAUAUAUAAAUCGAAUUAUACCAUUUUAAAUUUAAAACUUAUGUUAAAAUUGUUGUCGAUAGUUAAGAAUUACAGAUAUCUCGUAUGUCGGGUUCUAUCGUAUAUUGUAAAUCCUUUAUCAUGGGACUUAGCAUUUAUCAGAUAAGACUUAUUAUUUUUUUUAUAUAAUACAUGCAUCAAAAUGAGUGCACAUUCUGCCAUCAAGAGAAAGAGACCAAAGAAGCUUGAUUACUAGAAUUUUAAAAGACUUGUUUUUAAAUGUUUAAAAUAAAUAAAACGCAAUUAUUAUUUUUAAGAACAAAAUAUAGAUAUAGUUGAGAGUAACC